GCGAGUCGAUGAGUCGGCUCGGGACUCCUGCGCGGGUGCAAGGUGUCUGAGCCUUACUCAGGAUGCUGUGUUGGUUGCUCCUUUGUGAAUGUCUGUUGCUGAUAACUGGUUAUGCUCAUGAUGAUGAUUGGAUUGACCCAACAGAUAUGCUUAACUAUGACGCUGCUUCAGGAACGAUGAGAAAAUCUCAGGUGAGGUCUGGUACAUCAGAGAGAAAGGACGCGAGCCCUGACUUGUCAGAUGCCGAGGAACUGUCAGACUGUUUGCACAGACUGGAUUCUUUAACUCACAAGGUUGAUAAUUGUGAAAAGAAGAACAUGAAAGAUUAUGAAAGUCAAAGUAAUCCUGUUUUCAGGAGAUAUCUAAAUAAGAUUUUAAUUGAAGCUGGCAAGCUUGGACUUCCUGAUGAGAACAAAGUAGACAUGCGUUAUGAUGCUGAGAUCCUCCUUAGCAGACAGACACUAUUGGAGAUCCAGAAGUUCCUCAGUGGAGAGGAGUGGAAGCCCGGAGCCCUGGAUGAUGCACUAAGCGAUAUUUUAAUCAAUUUUAAGUAUCAUGAUUCAGAAGCAUGGAAGUGGCAAUUUGAAGAUUAUUUUGGAGUAGAUCCAUAUAAUGUGUUUAUGGUACUCUUAUGUCUGCUCUGCCUUGUGGUGCUGGUGGCUACAGAGCUGUGGACAUAUGUUCGCUGGUACACGCAGAUGAAACGAAUUUUCAUCAUCAGUUUUCUCUUGAGUUUAGCAUGGAAUUGGAUAUAUCUAUAUAAGAUGGCUUUUGCUCAGCAUCAGGCUAACAUUGCCGGGAUGGAGCCAUUAAGCAAUGCGUGUGCUAAGAAGAUGGACUGGACUGGAAGUCUCUGGGAAUGGUUUAGAAGUUCAUGGACCUAUAAGGAUGACCCAUGCCAAAAGUACUAUGAGCUCCUAAUAGUCAACCCUAUUUGGUUGGUUCCACCAACAAAGGCUCUGGCAAUUACAUUCACUAACUUUGUAACGGAACCAUUAAAGCACAUUGGAAAAGGAACGGGUGAAUUCAUUAAAGCGCUCAUGAAGGAGAUUCCAGUGUUACUUCAGAUUCCCGUGCUUGGGAUUCUAGCGCUGGCUAUCCUGAGCUUCUGCUAUGGUGCUGGGCGGUCAGUUCCUAUGCUGAGACACUUCAGUGGUCCUGACAGAGAACCUCCCCGAGCACUUGAGCCAGAUGACAGAAGACGACAGAAGGAACUUGACUAUAGAGUCCAUGGUGGAGCAGGUGAUGCAGAUUUCUCUUACAGGGGCCCAGCUGGCUCCAUUGAGCAAGGCCCUCAUGACAAAAUGCAUGCGUGUAAGAGAGAUGUUAUGAGACAGAGACACGUUGACCUGAGAUUUCACUCUGGCAACAAGAGCCCUGAAGUGCUCCGGGCAUUUGACUUACCUGACACAGAGGCACAAGAACAUCCAGAAGUGGUCCCCAGCCAUAAAUCAUCCAUUAUGAACACAAACCUCGAGACUGGUGAACUCCCAGGAGAAGGCACCUCGACAGAAUGCAGCCAGUCUGCCAAGGAUGUCUCUGACCACGUUCCCAGCGCUGCCGAAAGCUCACCCACAGCGGACAAGGCCCAGCUGAAGACAGACUCUGUGUGCAGCCCACAAGGAGGCCACCCACCCAGCACGGAAGCUGCAGUGGCAGCGCAUGGGACUGAACCUGUCAGCAGCCCGUGUGGCUAAGGAACAAUGCACAGACCAGCCACAGCUCCAGAGUCAUCUUUGAAAUGCCCAUUUGGGGAUGGAAUCUAUCUUGACAGCUAGCAAAGCAACCUGCUGUUCUUGAGUGGUUACAGCAAUUCAGGGAAGACUUGAUUAACACAAGGUGAAGAUGUCAAGGCCAGUUUAUUGCAGAAAAGAGAGGCAGCUUGUCUCAAGUGAUUAGUGUGACUAGUGAAUAUUUGUCAUUGAGGUUAAAGCAUAUUGGAACUGGCUUUUAAGAAAAGAACAGGGUAGGUAGUUGUUAAAGCACUUUUUAAAACGGAAUAAAUGUUGAAUGCUUAACCACUGUAAACACAAAAUAAACACUUAUUUUUACAUUA